AUGACGGUUCUCAGUCAUCUAAAACGAGUCCAUCAACAUAAUGUCGCAACUCUGCGCGGCUCUCCCGCCGCAGAGGUCUCUGGCGCCCUCGGUGACUUGGGAACCCUUCUUCCUCUAAUGAUCGCCCUUGCGGUCCAGCACUCCAUUUAUCUCGAUAGCACCUUGGUGUUUUCAGGCAUUUUCAACGUUGUUACCGGCGCCGUCUUUGGCAUUCCACUUCCAGUCCAGCCGAUGAAAGCCAUCGCCGCGGCAGCCAUCUCCCGGUCCGAAUAUGGCGGCAUCAAAACCGUCAUGGCCGCGGGCCAGUGGGUCAGUCUGGCCGUCCUAGUCAUGAGCCUCACCGGCCUACUACGCUGGGUCACGCGAAACGUGCCCGUUCCCGUCGUCAAAGGCAUCCAGCUCGGUGCCGGUCUCUCCCUCGUCAUGGCCGCCGGCUCCGGCCUCCUCCGGGACCUUCACUGGACCCAUCCCGUCCUCGAUAACAGGCUGUGGGCCCUGGCCGCCUUUCUCGUGCUCAUUUUCACCCAGAGCCUGCCGCGUUUCCCCUACGCGCUGCACAUUUUUAUUCUGUCGCUCGUCUUCGCCUUCAUCUCCAUCAUGACCUCGCACGACCACCCGCACACCUACCUGCCGGAGCCCAGCCUUUGGACCCCGCACUUUGUGCACUGGGAAUUCAACUGGUUCAAGUACAAGCCGCUGUCGAUGGCCAUCGGCCAGCUCCCGCUCACCACCCUGAACUCGGUCAUCGCGGUGAGCGCCCUCGCGGCGGACCUGCUGCCGGACAUGCCCACGCCGUCUGUGACCGCUAUGGGCAUCAGCGUCGGCGUGAUGAACCUCGUCGGCACCUGGUGGGGCGCCAUGCCGGUGUGCCACGGCGCGGGCGGGCUCGCGGCGCAGUACCGCUUCGGAGCGCGCAGUGGCGCGAGCGUCGUGAUCCUGGGCAUCUUCAAGAUCGUGCUGGGCCUCGUCUUUGGUAACUCCCUCAUCGGCCUACUCACGCACUACCCCAAGAGCCUGCUGGGCGUCAUGGUCAUCGCUGCCGGCCUCGAGCUCGCCAAGGUCGGGCACAGCUUGAAUCACGGGGCUUCUGAUUUAUGGGAGAGCUCUGCCGGCAACGAGGGUGGCGGCGUUGGGGGGCUUGUUAGGCAGCAUCGCUCGCUUUCUGAUGAGGAGAGGGCUGAGAGGUGGACUGUUAUGCUCGUGACCACGGCUGGGCUCCUUGCGUUUAGGAACGAUGCUAUUGGCUUCAUUGCAGGGAUGCUGUGCUUUUGGGCGUACCGGGUCUCAGAGAGGACGCAGAAGUGGUGGGAGUCCAGACGGGGCCGGUCUCUGUUUGGCGAGCGAGCGCCGCUUCUGAGUUAA